AUGGCAAAUUCCAGGAUCAGGUCAUCGCACGGCGAACCACUACCGCCGCUGAACCAAGAGCUGAUCGUCGACGAGAUCCUCACGCGCCUGCCGGUGGCCGCAGCCGUGCGCUGCAGAUCGGUCUGCCGGGCCUGGAAUGCGGCCCUCGCCUCCGGCCACUUCGUCGCCGCGCACGCUGCCCGAGCAGCAGCAGCCGCCGCGCGCCACCCCGAGAUCGUCUUCUUCCCGCCGACUGAGCGAGGUGUAGCCACUUCCUUCUACGCGUGCUCGCUUCCGGUCGACGGUGGCGCGGCGCCCACCACCGCCCGUCAGCUCCUCACCGUGGGCAACCUCGCCGGCGAGCACCUCCUUCUGUCCGGCAAGCCGUGCCGUGGCCUGACGCUCGUCUUCGACGUCCGGUUGUCCGAGUACCACCUCCUCAACCUCUCCACCGGCGGGCACGUGUCCCUGCCGCCGUGCGAGACGGCGGAGGAGAUAGCACCGGUGGUUCCUAAUCUGAUGCUGCUCAGACGUUUCCCUCUGGAGCUUUCCAGCACCGGCCUCGGGUUCGACCCGGCGACCGGCCAGCACAAGGUGGUCAGGCUCUUCAGGAACAUCUUCGGGCAGCAGAAGUGCGAGGUGUGCUCGCUUACGGCAUCCGGCGAGUGGCGGUGGCGGCGCUGCGCCGGCGGUGACGCGCCUCCAAGAUUCGCGUGCCACGUCGACGGCAUGCCACCGGUGGCCCUCGAAGGGUCUCUCUACUGGCUACUGCACUGGCGGAGCUGCGCCGACGACGGCAGCGCCAGGGACCGGCAACAACACGACGCCCCCAUCCUGUCGCUCUCGGUCGGCGCCGAGCGGUUCGGGUGGGUGCGCACGCCGCCGAAGCUGGCUUCACGCAUCCGGCACCUCACCAACCUCGACGGCUCCCUCUGCGCCGUCGUCCACGACCGCCUCGUCGACGACGUGCUCCUGCUCGUCACGUGGAGCCCAUCGUCACCGUCGUGGUCUGCGCGCUGCCGCAUCGACGUGGGCAGCCUGCCCCGGCCGAUCCGGGACGAGCUCAGCGGGGAGCGGGAGAUCGUCCCGCUCUGCAGCGUGAAGAAGAAGAUCCUGCUGGCGACGAGCCGGCACAAGGUGUACGCCUACGACACGGAGCAGGGCGCCGCCGAGGAGGUGUUCGACAUGAACCGCUUUGUCGACGUGCCGCCACACAGGAGCGAGUCACGGCUGUUGGUCAACAUUAGCCUCCACGAGGAACACAUCGGGCCCAAGUUGGCGGGUGAUCACUGGCUGCAGGUGAAGCGGGGACGAGACAGAGACAUGGUGGUCGGCAGGCGGUGGGAGGCGUCGCCGGCGUACCAGCUACAGCUAGAAGAAGAUCGGGACCAGGACGAGGACUUUCACAGGACAAGAGAAGCGAUCAUGCAGCUUGCAUUCCCAGCGUAG